AUGACUACACAGACGAUAUCUCUUUACGAGUUGAAGCGCGUGGGCAUGCCAGAGUCUCAUGUGUGGUGGAGACAGUUCGAAGGCCUGCUGCGCGACAACGGGUAUUUGCUGUUCAACUUUGAUAAUUCACACCUUCAUACUAUUGCAACGCCACCUAUGGGAGAGGAACGCGGACUUGACCCUGUGUGCUGCAAAGUUGACGGCUUCCCAGCGAGAAGGCGAUUCUCGGUCAUGACGACACGAGGUCGUCCCGUUCAGCAUAUGAACAAUGGGAGAUGGAUGUGGAUAGAAGCUGUAGCGCUUCAACGCAAAGGGCAUGAGCCUGAAGGCCUGCGGUUUCUUGAAAUACUUCAGCACCUCAAGUUUCUGGCGAGCCCCUGCGGUUCAAUUGACGGAGGCGAGUUCUUUCCCAAUGUGGAUCAAGCGUGUACAGAUAUGCAUUGCCUGAAGGGACUAGCGUAUUUGCACGAAAAAGGCAUUGCCCACCGUGAUCUUGGUGCAGAGAAUAUCCUUGCAAAUCUCAACGGGGUCAGUAAUGACGCAUGGAAUCCCAAGACACGGUUGUUUUUCAUCGAGUUCGAGUUCGCUGAUUGUUCCCCUGUUGUAACCGGUUUCCCAUGCGAGGGAUACACUAGGCCAUCAGCUCCGGAAGUGGGUCGGCCCGUGUCGCACAACCCCCAAGCGGCAGACGUUUGGCAGCUGGGAAGGCUUCUGAGAGAAACGUUGACAACCCUGCCAUGCGCACCUGAGGAAUAUGCGGAAAUGGCAGAUCUUUGUGAAUCGAUGACUUAUCCCGAUCCCCGAGGGCGACCAAGUGCGCAAGACGUCCUGGACAAGAUUCGAGCUCUACAGAAAAAUUCUGCAGGUACGUAG